AUGGAGGGAAAAUAUUCCACCGAUCCCGAAUGGGCAUCAGUCACCCCAAUUGACCUGGACGAUGGCUCGAGCUCGGGCGCCAUGCCGCUGGCGACCAUCGCCUACCCAGCCGAGUAUCUCGAGGCGACCUCGUAUUUGCGAGCCGUGAUGGCCGCGAACGAGAUGUCUGAGCGGGCAUUGAACUUGACUAAAGAUGUGAUCUCGAUGAAUCCAGCGCAUUACACCGUAUGGAUCUACCGAGCAAAGAUUCUAUUUGCUUUGGACAAGGACCUGAAUGAAGAAUUGAGCUGGCUGAAUGAUGUUUCAUUGACGUAUCUCAAAAACUAUCAGAUUUGGUAUGUCACUAUCACCCGGCAACCCCCAAGAACAGAAAGCCAAGAAAGAAAAGACCAAGAAAACAGAAGAUUAGAAAAUAGACCUAACGACUCAAAAAGGCACCACCGACAAGUCCUGCUAUCAUCAAAAGCACACUUCCCAACAUUCCCACCCAAAGAAGCAGACUUCCUAAUGGAGAUGUUCGCCCAAGACUCCAAAAACUACCACGUGUGGACCUAUCGCCACUGGCUCGUGCGGCAUUUCAAAUUAUGGGACCAACCACGCGAACUCGAAGACGUGGAAUUCCUCCUGAAAGCCGACGUGCGCAAUAACUCCGCCUGGAACCACCGGUACAUGCUCCGUUUCGGACCGCGGGACACAUCGCUCCCGGAUGCCGGGAUGGUGAACGCAGGUGAUCUUUCGACUGCGCCGACCGAGAAGGGCAGGCUGUCCGUUGUCGAUGAGGACUUGGUUGACGGCGAGCUGAAGUUUGCGCAGGAGGCUAUUCUGCGCGCGCCGGAGAAUCGGAGCCCGUGGUGGUAUGCCCGUGGUGUGCUGAGGGCUGCGGGGCGUGGGUUGGGGGAGUGGGAGGGGUUUUGUGGUGGGUUUGUUUCGGAGGGGGCGGUUAAGAGUUCGCAUGCUGUUGAGUGGUUGGCAGAUGUUUUCGCUGAGCGGGUUGGGAAAGAGGGGGAGGCUGUGAGGAUGCUGACGAUGCUGAAGGAGCAGUUUGAUCCUAUUCGGAAGAAUUAUUGGGAUUAUCGUAUUCGGAAGCUGGAUCAGGCUGUGGCUUGA